UACACCGACCUCUUAAUCGGACAUCAUCAUAAAUCUAUACAUACAGGACAUCUCAUAUUCUAUAUUUUUAUAAAUAGCGCUCGAAAACCCAUCAUUCUCAUAUCUUACUUUUUACUGCCAAAAAUUUACCCCCAUCGAAUCAUCUUGUGCAAGAAUCAUCAAGAACACCACCACCAUGGAGGAUUUAACCCACAUUGCAGAUUCAAGUAUUGUGAUCAAGAAAAAGAAAACUAAAGGUCGUCAGAAAAUCGACCCUACUAAGAAAAUCCUAAACCCCACCAGUCUUCAAGUCGCAUUCUCUAAACGACGAACCGGGUUGUUCAAGAAAGCCGCUGAAUUGUGCGUUUUGACCGGCGCCCAGAUUGCGAUUCUGACCCAAUCUCCCGGUGGCAGAAUCUUUUCAUUCGGUCACCCCAAUGUGGAUGUUGUCGUUGACCGUUUACUUGAUAAUAAGGAGUUGGAGGAAGAGAUGAAGAAAGGCGAAGAAACGAGUAAUUUAAUGUGGUUCGAUCAGCCGAUUGAUGGGAUGAAUCUUGAAGAGUUGGAAGAGUAUCUGCAUUCUUUGGUUGAGCUCAAGAACAAUGUCGACACAAGGGCUCAUGAACUUAUGAUGAUCAACACAAAUCCAAGAUUCUUGGGCCCGAAUUUCGUUGAUUUGGGGUUGCAGAAUGGUUUUUCACCUUUGGGUGUUCACUGAACAGUGGUUUUGAGUUGCAACAUGUGGAGAAAUUCGGAAAAUUUAUGUUCUAGUUUGGUAAAUAUUCGAGGUUUAUCAUAAAAGUUAUAGUCGUAAUAUAUUUGUGUUGUUAGUAUUGAAGUUUAUAACAAUUUUGUAAAAGUCUGUGUAAUUGGAAUGCUAUUUUGAUAAAUUUGAUUGAUU